GUGCAAGUGUGCUUUAGAUCCACAGCUGUCUAAAAUGCGCUAAUUGUCCAAACAGGAUUUAUUUCUUGCGUGUGUUUGCGCUGGAAUAAUAAACUUUCUCAGCAAAUGUUUUCAAGAGGCCCUUUCUCAUGUGCCAAAGACGACAUGAUUUACUUGCUCAGAUGGACUGUUUUCCUGUGGAUCAUAAAUUCCGUCCCUUUAACUUCAGGAAUGACAGUGACUGAGAGAAUAGAUCAUGCAUGUCCAUCCAUAAAGCUGGAGGAGAAAUGGUACACCAGCUUGAGCAUUCACAAAGAGUUUACAGGAUUCGAUUUAGCCGAGGAGUUUCUUCUUAGAAAAGGCACAGUGACGGAAAACAGACCGUUGUUUAGACUGGGGAGCAAACCCCUUUUCAAACCCACAGAACAUGUGUUCCCAAAUGGACUUUCUCAUGAAUACUCAAUCAUCGCCACCUUCCGGCUCCGGAAAAAUAUGAAGAGAGAUCGCUGGUUUGUCGUGCAGGUGUUUGAUAAAAACGGGGACUCACAGGUGUCAUUAAUAGUGGAUGGAGCCAAAAAAUCUGUGGAGUUUUUAGCUCAAGGAAUUCUGAAGAACAGUCUCCUGUAUGUGUUCAAAAACAGAGACCUUCAAGCCCUUUUCGACCGGCAGUUUCACAAGCUGGGUGUAUCUGUGGAGAGCAACGCCGUGUCCGUUUACCUGGACUGUAAACUCAUAGAGCGUCAGGUGACCGCAGAAAGGGCGGGACUGAACCUGAGCGGGCGCAUCUUUAUCACCACGCGUGUGGAUAAUGUACUGCCAGUGGAUAUUGAACUUCAAGAGAUUUUGAUGCUUUGUGAUGCUAGAAUAGCCGAACUGGACAGGUGUUGCGAUUCUCCUGAAGUGACGUGUGAACCCAUAAUAACCCACAAACCCACAGCGGCCCCACUGAUCACCGGAUACUUCCACCGAAUGCUGUCUCUGCCGGCCCAGCAGCCUACAGACCGAUGCCACUGCCCUGCUCUAAAAGGUUUGAAAGGAGAUCCUGGACCUGAAGGCCCCACUGGUCUUAAAGGUGAUAAAGGUGACCCUGGCUCGCCAGCUCUGGGAACUCUCUCGGUUGAAAAGCAAGGUCCAAAAGGAGACCAGGGCCUCCAGGGUGUUCCCGGAGAAAAGGGAGAUGCUGGGUUACCCGGUCAACCAGGAGCACCAGGGAACGAGGGCAAAAGGGGCCGGCGAGGAAAAACAGGGGAACUGGGGACACCAGGACCGUCGGGUCCACCUGGAACAUGUGAUGUUAAAGAUCUUAAGGGAGAGAAGGGUGAAGCGGCCAUCGCUGGAGUAGAUGGGCGAAAGGGCGACAGAGGAGAUCCUGGUUUACCCGGACUGGAAGGAGCCUUUGGAAUAAAGGGUCAAAAGGGUGAAGAAGGCCCCCGUGGACUGCCGGGCCCAGUUAUGACAGCCCAUGGCCUGAGACUUCCUACUGGAUCUGGGGAAGCAGGGGAUAAAGGCCAGAAAGGAGAUCUGGGUGAAAAAGGUCCUGAAGGCCUACCAGGACAAAAGGGAGAUACCGGUUUGCCUGGGCCAGCAGGGACACCAGGACCCGAGGGAAAAGAGGGUCCACCUGGUCCCAUUGGACUCCGGGGGCUUCCAGGAGACGCGGGCUCUCCCGGUCAACGAGGACUGCCUGGAAGAGAUGGGAUGAAAGGAGAGAAGGGGGAGUCAGUCGGAGCAGCAGGACCGAUGGGUCCCCCCGGCCUCAAGGGCGAGCCCUGCAGUGUCGGACUCUGCAACACGGAGGAUGCCGUCUCUGGUCCGCGGGGGGUACGAGGCCCUAAGGGCGAGCGAGGUGUACCCGGUGUACCUGGAGACCCGGGAGAGAAAGGAGAAGCUGGAAUUGGAAUUACUGGACCCCCUGGUCUGAUGGGACCAAGGGGGGAACCAGGAAUUAAGGGAUCUUUAGGAACCCAAGGGCCAGCUGGAGUUCCAGGAAUCAUAGGACCGCCAGGCCUGCAAGGCAGACCAGGACCCCCUGGACCACCAGGAGAACCGACAGCGCUGCCCAUUGUUGGAGACAUGGGCACAUUACUGAAGAACGCCUGCAGUGUGUGUCAGACCAGAAUACCAGGAUUACCAGGGCAGAAAGGAGAGAAAGGAUCCCAUGGAGCUUCAGGUAUCCCGGGGAUGGAUGGAGAAAAGGGGGAUCUGGGUCUGCGAGGACCGGCUGGUAAUCCGGGGAAAGAGGGUCCGAAGGGAGUGAAAGGUGAGAGAGGCUUUCCUGGACCAAUGGGAGACAAGGGUGAUGAGGGGUCCCAUGGUGUGCCAGGAUUGCCCGGAGCCACGGGUCGCAUAGGUGCACCGGGGCUUCUAGGCAGACCAGGACCAGUUGGCUCCUCAGGACCAAAGGGAGAACGAGGCAGCGAGGGGCCUCCAGGUAGACCUGGACCACCCGGACCUCCGGGAGGUCCGUAUACGGAGGGCAACGGAAUGAGCAGUCUCUAUAAGCUUCAGAAUGGAGGGACUAACAUAGGCCCACCCGGACCAUCCGGACCCCCGGGGCCAAAAGGAGAUGAUGGACGGAUGGGUGAGCCGGGGCUGAUGGGAUUAACAGGACUGGAGGGUCUGUCGGGUGCUAAAGGCGAUCCUGGAGUACCUGGUCAACCUGGAGUUCCUGGUCCUUCUGGGAAGCCCGGCCCGCGUGGUGAGACAGGCAUCCCUGGAGAGCCGGGAGAGCGAGGGCCUAUGGGAGAAACUGGCUUCCCUGGACCGGAGGGGCCACCCGGAGCCCCUGGAAGGCCGGGAAAAGAUGGAAUUCCAGGCUACGAGGGAGCCACGGGCAGACCUGGAGACAGAGGUUCUAAAGGGGAACGGGGGGAUUCAGGGAUUCCAGGAGAGAGAGGAGUCCAGGGAGAAAGAGGGAGAAACGGAGACAGAGGACCCAUUGGGUCGCCCGGAGAGAAAGGAGAACCAGGACUGACUCCAUCACUCGGGAGCGUGAGUCUGCUGGGCGAUACAGCUGCCUUGGAGGAAAUUAAAGCCUUCAUCCGAAAUGAAGUAUUGCGUUUGUUUGAAGAGAGGUAUUCAGAAAGCUUGGUGCAGAAAACACCGGCAGCUAUCUUAGCCGCUCAGGGUCGACAGGGUCCUCCUGGACCACCUGGUAAUGAUGGCUCCCCAGGACCCCCUGGAGAGUCAGGUCCUCAAGGCCCUCAAGGCUAUCGGGGGCAGAAAGGGGAACGGGGUCAGAUGGGAUUGGGCAUUCCAGGAUCACUUGGACCCAUUGGCCCGUCAGGUCCUCCUGGAAUAGGCAUCCAGGGUCCCACCGGUCCACCGGGUCCACAGGGCAAAUGCAACCCCAGUGACUGCCAUUACACGUUCCCUCAUGGCAGACGGGAAGGAUAGAAUCUCCUCAAACCCGAUCCGAGAAUCCAAGCGAUGAACCAGCUCAUCUACACAAACCUCAGACUCAGCAUUAAACUCUUGUACAAAGAAGUAUGGCGUCCCGGCUAGGAGUUGAGACACGACCCAGUUUGAUCAAACUUCACCAGUUUUGUGUGUUUGUGAAAGGCCUCACAAUACUCUGAUGGAAGACAGGACGCGGUUCAUUUUUCUGAUGCAGUGUGGGCGACGGUAUAGCCGCGUGACGUCAUUCAGUUUCAUAAUGCAUCUUUAUUUCACACGUUCAUUCUCCAUAUAUUAGUGACCAACUCAUUUCUCACAUAUCGAGGGUGUGAAAGAUGAAAUCAAAUUAUUACACAAAACUAAACGGACAGAUUGAUCUGAAGAGGUGUGAAUGCAGUCGAAGUGAGAAUUUUGCUUGACAUUUGCAUAUUUAAGUUAGUUUAAUGUUUAGUUAAGUUAAACGAAAUGGUGGUGGCACUAUGCAAUCUGAAUCGGAUAAUGAACAUGUGAACAAAUACAUCAAUGGAAAUAAGGUAGACCUUAGAUACUAACUGUGCUCUUAUACAUCUUAUAUGACAAGAAACGUGAAUUAUGAGGUUCAUCACCUCAUGCAUUGAAAAUAUGUGCACGGAGGAAUAUUAUUGAUCGAUCCGUUCAAGCUUAAAGACAUUUUAACCAAACGUGGAAGCCCAGUUGUUUUAUGGGAUCUGCCUCUACAGCAUGUUAUUUUAUAAAUGCAAAAUAUAUCGAAAUGGCCACGUUUGACCAAACACAACGGGGAACGCUGAAGUAAUCGCGAUCCGGCUGUGUUGGCCACGAAACGUUGAAAAACGAACAAGAUAAGCUUUAAUUGUUUACAGGGAAAUAAACGUUCUUCCAGUCUGACUCUUUAAACACCUUCAUAUUGGUGUUUGUAUGUAUAUUUUGUCUUUUUCCUGGUUUGUUUUUCCAAAGAACGAGUCGUGGAGUGCAUUUACAAUAUUUAUCUGAUUUCUUUUGCUUUGUAUAGAAAAUGUCUUUCCGUGUUACUUGAACAUUUUUCGUUUGUUAUAAUUCAUCAACGUCAUAUUCACACUUUAGCAAGAGAGAAAUCAUUUAUCUUUUAAUGUUCGUUUAUUUGAUAUUACACAGCAGAAAUGUGUCUUAAUGUAUUUAUUUAUUUGCGUGUGGUUUUUCAGGGGUUGGGGAUAAGACUAGGUUUAUUUUUCUGUAAGGCACCCGUUUAAUAGAUAUCUUUGAACUGAUGAUCUAGAAUCUUUAAAGGUAAUCUAGAGAUGUCAAUGGGAUUUACGGUUUGAAGGUGAAUCUCUUCGCUUGGGUGCAGGGAUCUGAGCUUUCUGACCUCACUCUUUACGUGAAAGCUAUGUGGGUGGUGACAGUUAUGUCAUGUUCUGCUUUUGGUGCAUGACGUACUCAUGUCUGUUAAUCAGUCAAAUUUUUAUUUUCUUCGAGCCUUAUUUUAAUUUUCCUUUCCACUAUUUGACUUUGUCCUUUCUUUCUUCAUGCAUUUUUAAAAGAAAAUGUUGUACUUGUUAACAUUAGUUAAUACACAAUGAACAAACAUUAACAAAUAGCCUAUUGAAGAAAAUUACCAAAAAGUUAAAUACAAUGCAGUACAAUAUGUUUCUCAUUGUUAGUUUGUGUUAGCUAAUGCAUUAUCUAAUGUUAAAGGAACAGUUCAGCCAAAAAAAAUCAUUUUGUCGUCAUUUACUCACCCUCAAGUUGUUCUAAACCUGUAUAAAUUACUGCGUUCUACAGAACACAAAGGAAGAUAUUUGGAUGAAUUUUUAGUUCUUGGGCAUCAUUGACAACCAUAGUAGGAAACAUUUGAAUUAACCCAAAUAUGUUUGUUUUUAUGAAAAAUAUCUCAUUUGGUAUUCAACAGAAAACAAAAAUUUACCAUAAUUUUUCAUAAUAUGGUAUAGUGAAUGAUGUCUCAGAAAUGAAUUUAUUUUACAUUUCAAUUACAUGUUUGUGUUCAACAUAACAAAGAAAUGUAAACAUGUUUGAAACAACUCCAGGGUGUGUGACAGAAUUUUAAUUUCUUGGUGAACUAUCCCUUUAAUAAAUGAACCAUUCUUUCUUUUCUUCCUCCUUUGUGAGAAAGCUGAUUUUGUGAAAAGUGAAUUGCUGUUUUAUUCAUGUAUCUUUCUAUCUUUAUAUGUAAUGUACCAAAUUACCUCUCCUGAGAGUUGAAAUAUUCAUUGAUCAGGUCAGUUGUUCAUGUCUAGCACGCAGAGAGAUUUGUUUCCAGCAUCUCGGAUACAGUUGAUUUCAGACUUUAUUUUCCUUUCAUCUUUUUUGAUACUGUCAGUUUUCGACGUGUAUGUUCAGUCUGAGUCAUUGUUUUUUUAUUGUCAUUAUGAUCAUAAAUGCAUACAUGUAAAUUAUGUUUCAUUGAUGUAAAGUCAAUAGAGAUAUCAAAACUCAUAAAGCAUGGAUGUUCAUGUAGCAUUAACAUUUCUCAAUAUUUUUCUCAAGGGCUUUCAACAAUGACUUACUUGAAGUGUGGAUUUAAGAGUUCAAUGUUAAUGUGGUCUAAUAUCACAAAACAACCCUGAGGAACGUUUCAAUCAUGGCUCCAUUGAUUUCUCUAUUAAUGCCUUCUUUGAAUACAGACCGUCAUCACGCUAAGAAUGUAACACGCAUAUGGUUCAUAACAAAUAUAUUUGCAUAUAACAGAUCUGUGUAUUGAAUUGUAUGUUUUGGGUUUUGUGCAAAAUAAUUGUCACUGUAUAAACCUGUGAGAAUUUCAGAUCUGUGUUUUUACUUUUCGUUUUUAGUUUGUUGUGUGACCACUUCUCUUUAUCAUGAAUCAUUAUAGUAAUUCUCUCUUUGAAAUAUUGCCGAUAUGCUGUGCUUUGUAUUUUCAGAGAGCUCAAGUUCUCAACAGGCUUUCAGCACUCCACUGAUAUUGUUGUUUUCUCUCGUUGAGUGCAUGAGAAGUGUUUGCAACAGUGGCUCCAAAAAAGUGGCUCCACUUGCAUCACAUUUAAUUUAUGCGUUCCAUUGCGUUUGAUUGCUAAAAAUCAAUUCAAGUGGUAUCUUGAAAGGUAGUUUUUUAAAACUUUGGUAUUUUUUAAAGCAUUUUUUAUUUAUUUAGUUGGUCCCACUCAAGUUCACAUACAAAUUCUUUUUGCGAACCUGUAAAUAUUUUGGUUUAAAUUACAUGGCAAUUUUACCAUGAUAUUCAUAAAUUAAGUGUGGUUAAAGUGUCCAAAUGCCUUUUUGGGGUCACUGCAUAUUCAGGGGCUGAGAUUUUUAUUUGUUAUUAACAUUUAAAUAAAUUAUUUUUAAUAAACUUUCACAUCAUGUAUAACCAUUAUGCAGUAGAAAGAAAUGCUUUAAUGACAGCUCAAAAUUAAUGCAAGUUUCCAACAGCAGAUGCUGUUAUCCAGUUAUCUGUUUGCCAUCACAUCUACGCAUCUACGCAUCCGCACUGAAAGAGCAAUCUGACGCGUUUGUGGCAAAAAUUGGCAUCGCUAUAUAAUGAGAAAAGUUGGGCUGUUCAACAAAACAAAACUGGAGGCCUGCUUUCAUUUUGAGUUCAUAUAAAACAUUCAGAUUUAUUCAAAAGUGUUUCCCCUGGAUCUCUGUACAAACUUCAAUUUCAUUCAACUAUGUAAAAUAAAUAGAAAUAUCAUGAAACAAGCGUAUCUGCAUCUUCUCUCUGUAUUUUGUGUUUCCCCACAAUCUUGGAACAAUAAAGCACAUCGCCAGCGUUCUUCA